CUCAACUUCCCGUUUCAUCAUCACUAUCACUAUGCUUUUAAGUCUAGUAUAAAAAUAUGGACAUUAAACAAAAACACCAGAGCCCACAACCUAGACACUAUCCACGGUUUUUUCCCUGCAACCCCAAGCUCUUGUUCCUAGGUCUUCUCUUGCUCUUAGUCUGGUUCAAGAUGAAUGCGCAAAGUCAUCACGACAAAGGCUCUGCACUAUUUGGCGUCUAUCAUCCAGUUGAUGUCUCGACUUAUAGUGAGAUCUACCCCGAAAAUCCCGGUCCGGCUAUACAAGAAAUAGCGAAGCUAUAUAGUGAAUUAAUCCGACAGUUCAUCAGCAUGCGAUAUCUUAACGCUGAGGAUGUCCACUUUCCACCGCACACAAAUCCCCGUGUAAACCUGUCUUUGCCGGCAAAAUAUGGUCUUACCAAGGACGUCGUGGACCUGUACCAGAUGAUCCCGUAUGUCACUGCCGAGCCGAAUUGGAAUUAUGGCUCCGACCAUGGUGAAUUCAUUAUGGGAGGUGAGUUUUUGGAGGAUCUGCGCAAAGGCGAUGCGGACUGCGAGCAGCAAAUCAUCGACCCGACGUACGGAAUUGAUCACCUAUAUUGGGAGCUAUCGAAGGGAAAUCACAAGCAAUCCAGCUGGGAUGACGAGAACGGCCCAUACAUCCGACCAUGGUACGCAGUGCUAAGCUCAUGUGGCAACCACGGCAGCAUCAUGGUACUCGACACGAAAACACAUAAUAUGUGGCUUGUUUGGCAGCUGGAAGGCUCGUCGGAUCCGUUCUUCACAAAUGGUGACCACAGUACAUAUGGCGAGCCCAAGACAUCCAACGUAAAUGAUCUCCAACGAUAUCCAAGCCGGUCCGCUACUGAGUUCCUACGUGACAUGAUUAAACGAUUCAAGUCCUUGGAGUGGAUUCCAGGUGGCCUUUACUCUCCUGAGUACGGCCGGGAAUACGAGUCUCUGAAAGCCAUGUAUCGUCAAGCUGGUUGGCCUGACGCUUUUGAUAGAGCUGAAUUCGACCGACUGCGUGACCAGUUCGAGAACGAAGAAGCAGAUUUCCGGCGCAAAACACAGCCACUGAAUCGAUUAGAAGAUUUAAGGGCAAGAGCCGAACGGGAAUCGGCGGCCAAGGCCACGAUCGAAAAGCUUCAGAACGAGCUUCGAAUUUCAGAGGAACGAUAUGCUCGAUCUGGCUCAACUGACGAUAAAAACCGAAUGGAGGAACAGCGGCGCACGCUUGACAAGUGGCGUCAAAGAUCUUUUCCCGCAUCCCCGGAACAGUGGGCGCAAUCUCAAACCGAAAUCCAGAAAAGAAUCGACGAGCUCAAGCAAGAACAGCUCCUACUUAACGAACGCAAGGGUCGUUUUGCAGGAUUGAGUGACGAAGACCACGAAAAGAUUCUUGCAGAUCGAUACUAUGAGAAACAAAUCGAGAUGAUGGAAGAGCUGCUGGCAGACAAAGAUCAGGACGCUCGUGUGGAACGGGAGGAAAGAAAUGCCAGACUGGCCGCUCGCAUGGUGUCGCAAGAAGUCAUCGAGAAAUGGAUUGAACGUCAGAUCAAGUGGGGUGGGAAGAAUGACGAGUGGAGGAAGAAAUGGGAGCAUUGGUAUUCUCAAGAGACGUAAUUGCCAAGGAACGACCCGCCUUCGAGACAUUCGUGACGAGAACGGUCCGUCCAUGUAGAAACAACAGCCUUGAUAGAGUGUUAGGAGAGUCGUCGUGCAAAAUCUGUUAAUUACGAAGACAUAAUUCGGGCGGCGGAAUCCACGCAUGUUAGCCCACGACCGUUUCAAAA